GUGUUUUUUUUUUCUGCAUCAGGUUUUCAGGUUUCUUCCUGCUGAACGUAAACAAAUGGACACAACGGCGGUUUGCAGUAAAAACAUGAAAAAUGUGAUCGAAGCGCGCGGAUUAAAGCGAGUAAAAUGCCCGGACAGAAGAGAAGAUAUAGUGUACGGUUCCCUCCUAGUCGCAUCAAAAAGAUCAUGCAGAAGGACACAGAGGUGGGGAGGAUCGCGAUGGCUGUUCCUGUGAUCAUCUCGCGAGCGUUGGAGAUGUUCCUGAAGUCUCUGCUGACCAAAACCUGUCUGAUAACUCAGUCGAAGCUCAGCACCGUCGUGUCUGUCGCGCACAUGAAGCAGUGCAUCGAGUCAGAGAAGCUCUUCCACUUUCUCAAAGACCUGGUGGAGCGAACAACAUCUACGGCAGCCCAGAAGGACAACAGAGGCUUGAGUAUGUGGCCGUUGUACAGGACCAAACGGCAUGAAAUUUCUGUUAAAAAAACAGCUGAAGUGGGAGAAAAGGCGCCGCGACAGAGUCUCGACUCACUUAACAACGACUCAAGCUCCAGCGAGUCGGAGCUCUACAUCUGUUUAUAACUCCGCAGGCACGACCAGAGGAAACAGCUGCAAACCAACAGCAGCACAUCACUUCAUCACAUCAGUCUUCUUUGAUUUUUUUCCUUUUUUUUAAUAUAAGCUGUACUGGUCCAGGUCACCAUUUUGGUGGAAACAAUAUAAUAUCUUCUACCAUGAAAUAAUUGCUGACAUCUAAUUUAAAAGUUAAAAAACAAAGAUUUAAGUUAUGUCGUAUUUUAGACUUUUGCCUGCUUAAAUACAGAUGUUUUUUCUUUUUCAAAUUUAAUUUAUGGCCUUCUGUAAUUAAGUACUUUUCUUUUUUUCCCCCUAUUUAAGAUUAUAAAUAUAUUUGAUGAUGACUGAAAUGUGUAAAUUUGCACUAAAGAAAAUACUUAGAUUGCUUUAUAGUUUUAGAUUCUAAAACCUUUUUUUGUUGACGGGGAAAGUUUGUUUAUUUGUUCAGGAUGUUUGAAGCUUUUUGUUUUGUAUUUGGAUGAAGCUUGUGAUGUUAUGAUCUACUAAUAUUACUUCAAUGGUAAGAUACUGUAUGUCUGAAAGGUUUCUACACAUUUUCCAUGAGAAAAAUCACUUUUUCUAACCAUUUUAGACACUGAGCAUCUUGUUUUAUACUGUUUAGACUACAGUGAUGCUGAGGAGUUAGAUACCUCUAUGUCCUAAUGAAAAUGAGAUUAGUUUUUUCCUCCAAGAAAAAGAUGUUAAAUUUGACCUACAGCCAUCUUUAAAACCAAAAUAAGUGCUUGUUCUGCUGUAGUGUCCUUUAUGGUUUCUGUUUUGAGCGUUUAAUUUUUAAAGCACUUGUAAAUUAACGUUUUAAAAACAGCAAACCCUUUCUGCAUUUUGAU